AUGGAGGUUCCUUUGCCUGUACAGAGACCUCUGAAUUGCAGAACCCACUUCAAGAUCAAGCCUUUUCUUGGAUUAGUCCCUCAUGGAACUACUAGCAUAUUCUCCCGAUCUUCACACAGGCAAAACGAUGGUGUGGUUGCUCGGGUUUCUUAUAGAAUUACUGCAAAUUUCUCGAGAAGAAGGCAACGGAAAAUUUCCACACCAAGGUCCGAAGACUCUAAACCGAGGGGGUUUAUGCCAAGAAUGCAGGUCCCUACAGGCAUGCAGAAAAAGGAUAAAAAGAACAAUGAAGAAAAGGUUGCAGGUCUGCAUAGUGGUAGGUUAGACUUUGGGGGGUCCAAUAGGAAAAUAGCAGCUGAAUUGAAAAUUACAACCAAUGACGAAGAGUUUGUCAACAUUAAUCAAGGGAAGGAAGCAGGUGAAGAAAGUGAAGAUGCAAUUAAUGGUGGUUUGAAGGAGGUUCCUUUAUCUACGGAACCAUCACUUGAUGCUAAAAUAAGUCAAUUUGCUGAAAGCGGAGAAAUUGACACCAUUUAUGAGGAUGUGAUGGAAUCAACAGAAUCAGAAAGAAUUUCAGAGAGGGUGGUCGAGGAAAAAGCAACAGCAAAUGAUUAUAGUGAUGUUGUAGAAGAUGGCGGUUUGAAGGAGGUUCCUUUAUCUACGGAACCAUCACUUGAUGCUAAAAUAAGUCAAUUUGCUGAAAGUGGAGAAAUUGACACCAUUUAUGAGGAUGUGAUGGAAUCAACAGAAUCAGAAAGAAUUUCAGAGAGGGUAGUCGAGAAAAAAGCAACAGCAAAUGAUUAUAGUGAUGUUGUAGAAGGUGGUGGUUUGAAGGAGGUUCCUUUAUUUACGGAACCAUCACUUGAUGCUAAAAUAAGUCAAUUUGCUGAAAGUGGAGAAAUUGACACCAUUUAUGAGGAUGUGAUGGAAUCGACAGAAUCAGAAAGAAUUUCAGAGAGGGUGGUAGAGGAAAAAGCAACAGCAAAUGAUUAUAGUGAUGUUGUAGAAGAUGGUACAGUUAUUGAACAAAAGCAGAUUCAUAUUAUUAAAGAUAACAAAGUCCAAACCAUAGAGAAAGAGGAGUAUAAAGAAGCAACAACUAUAUCUGAUUCUGGAAAAAAAGCAGCAGAAAAAAUAGAUUUAGGAACAAAGGAAAUAAGUACGGUUAAGAACAAUGAUGGAGAGAGAGUUGAAAGAAUCAAAACUAUCGAUGAGGUUAGUGAAAAUCAUGUUCCAAAACCCGAGUCAAUAGAGGAAGGACUAAUUUUGGUCGAAGAGGAGAAAAAGGAUGAAGAUUAUUCUUCAAAACUAAAGUUGGAGGAGGAUGCAAAUAUGCGUAAAGAGGUUUUAGCUAGGCUUGCCGAGGAAAACUUCAGGAAAGGAAAUAAGUUGUUCUAUUAUCCUGAGGUAGUAAAACCCAAUCAAUAUGUAGAUGUAUUUCUCAACAGAAGUUUCUCCACUUUGAAAAAUGAACCUGAUGUCUUGAUAAUGGGAGCCUUCAACGACUGGAAAUGGAAAUCAUUUACCAUGAAGUUGAGCAAGAGCCAUCUUAAUGGGGAUUGGUGGUCUUGCCACGUCCAUGUUCCUAAGGAAGCAUACAAGAUAAAUUUCGUGUUUUUUAAUGGGCAAGAUGUCUAUGAGAACAAUGAGACAAAAGAUUUCUUCAUAAAUGUGGAAGGUGGUAUGGAUGUGUUCGAUUUUGAAAAUUUAUUGCUUGAAGAGAAACGCAGAGAACAGGAGGAACUUGCUCAAAAACAAGCUGAAAUGGAAAGACGACGGGAAGAACAAAGACGAAUAGAAGCAGAAAAGGCGAACCAAGAAGCAGAUAGAGCUCAGGCAAAAGAGGAAGUUGCAAAGAGAAGGAGAAUGCUGGAAGAGUUGGUAAAAAAGGCCAAGAAAUCUGUGGAUAAUGUUUGGUACAUAGAGCCUGGAGAAUUUAAUGGCGAGGACGAGGUCAAGUUAUACUUCAACAGGAUCUCAGGACCACUUGCGCAUGCUAAUAAUGUUUGGAUUCAUGGAGGGCAUAAUAAUUGGAAGGAUGGAUUAUCCAUCGUUUCAAAACUCAUCAGAUCAGAGAGAAAAGAUGGUGACUGGUGGUUUGCCAAUGUUGUUGUACCAGACGGAGCUCUUGUUUUGGACUGGGUUUUUGCUGACGGUCCACCUCAACAGGCUAUUGUUUAUGACAACAAUCAUCUCCAAGAUUUCCACGCCAUUGUCCCAAAAUCUAUUCCGACGGAAUUGUAUUGGGUUGAGGAAGAACAAAAGAUAUACAGAAAACUUCAGGUGGAGAGGCGUUUGAGAGAGGAAGCAGCACAAGCAAAGGCUGAGAAAAUAGCAUGUAUGAAAAGGGAAACAAAGGAAAGGACUUUGAGGACAUUUUUGUUGUCUCAAAAGCAUAUAGUCUAUACUGAUCCCCUUGAUGUCCAAGCUGGAAAGACUGUCGCAGUUUUCUAUAAUCCCGCUAACACUAUCCUAAAUGGAAAACCUGAAAUCUGGUUGAGAUGUUCGUUCAAUCGGUGGACACACCGCAUGGGUCCUUUGCCGCCUCAGAAGAUGUUGCCUGCCGAAAAUGGCUCUCAUCUUAAAGCAACGGUCAAGGUUCCGUUGGAUGCAUAUGUGAUGGACUUUGUGUUCUCUGAGAAAGAGGGUGGUGGAAUUUUUGACAAUAAAAAUGCGAUGGAUUACCAUGUACCUGUCUUUGGAGGAGUAGUGAAGGAGCCCCCUAUGCACAUUGUACAUAUUUCAGUUGAAAUGGCGCCUAUUGCGAAGGUGGGGGGUCUUGGUGAUGUUGUCACUAGUCUUUCACGUGCUGUUCAGGAUAUGAACCAUCAUGUGGACAUCAUUCUUCCAAAAUAUGAUUGUUUGAAGCUUAACAAUGUGGAGGACUUCCAGUUUCACAAAAGCUAUUCUUGGGGUGGGACUGAAAUAAAAGUUUGGUUUGGGAAAGUUGAAGGCCUUCCUGUAUACUUUCUGGAGCCUCAAAAUGGAUUCUUUUAUGCGGGUUGCAUAUAUGGUCGCAGUAAUGAUGGGGAAAGAUUUGGUUUCUUUUGCCAUGCAUCUCUCGAGUUUCUUCUGCAAAGUGGAUUCCAUCCAGAUAUAAUUCAUUGCCAUGAUUGGUCUAGUGCUCCAGUUGCAUGGUUGUAUAAGAAUCAUUAUAGACAUUAUGGCCUCAAUAAAGCACGAGUUGUCUUCACUAUUCACAAUCUUGAAUUUGGAACCAACUUGAUUGCGAAAGCUAUGGAGUAUUCGGAUAAGGCUACGACUGUAUCCCCCACUUAUUCGCAGGAGGUUUCUGGAAAUCCUGUUAUUGCUCCUUACCUUUACAAAUUUCAUGGUAUUCUAAAUGGAAUUGACCAAGACAUAUGGGACCCAUACAAUGAUAAGUUCAUUCCUUUGUCUUACACUUCAGAAAAUGUUGUUGAAGGCAAAAAAGCUGCAAAGGAAGCUUUGCAGCAAAGACUUGGGUUGAAAAAGGCAGAUCUUCCUUUGGUAGGAAUUAUCACCCGCUUAACUCACCAGAAGGGAAUACACCUUAUUAAACAUGCUAUCUGGCGCACCCUAGAACGCAAUGGACAGUUUGUCUUGUUAGGUUCAGCUCCUGACCCUCGGAUUCAGAAUGAUUUUGUUAAUUUGGCAAAUCAAUUGCAUUCUUCGCAUAAUGAUCGUGCACGCCUGUGUCUGACCUAUGACGAGCCCCUUUCUCACUUGAUAUAUGCUGGUGCCGAUUUCAUUUUAGUCCCUUCUAUAUUUGAACCAUGUGGACUAACUCAACUCAUAGCAAUGAGAUACGGUUCAAUAGCUGUCGUUCGUAAAACUGGAGGACUUUACGAUACAGUUUUUGAUGUUGACCAUGAUAAAGAACGAGCACAAGCUCGUGGUCUUGAACCAAAUGGGUUCAAUUUUGACGGAGCAGAUGCUGCUGGCAUUGAUUAUGCUCUCAAUAGAGCAAUCACUGCUUGGUACGAUGGACGGGAAUGGUUCAAUUCAUUGUGUAAGUGCGUUAUGGAGCAAGAUUGGUCGUGGAACCGACCUGCACUUGAUUAUUUGGAGCUUUACCAUGCUGCUCGAAAGUGA